UUUGUAACAUUUGGUCCCUGCGCACUGACACCCAGGAGGGGAGCUGGGGGAAGCAGCAGGAGCUGGGUGCCGGCACUGAGAGACACAGGGGAGAGGUGGCAGAGUGAGGCUGAUGGUCCCUGCUGCUGCUCCAGCCAGCUGCCUGCUGUGACCCUGGGGAGUUGGUGAUGGAGGGGUUCGGGGGAGCCCCCAGGUUCCUGGCCUACCCACGUGCCUUCACAGUCCAAAGUGGCACCAAUGCAGUCCUGAGCUGCCAGAUCGUGGGUGAUCCCCAGCCAAGCAUCCUCUGGGAAAAGGACAAGAAUAUCAUCGAGCCCUCAGACCGUUUCCAUAUGGAGUCCAAAGGGGACAUGUACAGCCUGCUGGUGUCCUGUGCCACCCCCAAGGACAGUGGACUCUACGUCUGCAGGGCCAAGAAUAGUGUUGGCGAGACUUAUGCUGCCACGGUGCUCAGGGUAGAGCCAGCGGAGCCGCAAGGGGAGGGAUGCUCAGGCAGUGUUGCACCUGCCUUCCUCAUUGCCCCCUCGUCCAUGCGGGUGUGCCGGGGGGAGGACGUGAUGUUCACCUGCAGGGUGUCUGGGCAGCCCUGCCCUGUGCUGGAGUGGGAGAAGGACGGGCACAAGCUCUCCGAACUCUUUGAGAGCAGCCACUUUGCAGUGGGGCAGAAAUCAGAGGACUGGCACUUCCUGAAGCUGUUCAGUGCCCGGCCCCAGGAUGGGGGAGUGUAUGUCUGCCGGGCACGCAGUGGCUCCCAGGAGGCCCUGGCUGCUGCCGUGCUCUUGGUUGAAGCCCAGGCACUGCUGGACGGGCUCCCCAAUGGCUCUCCAGCCGCUGGUUCCGAGGCUCUGGCGGAGCGGCAGCGGUGGCGGCGGCACGCGGCGGGACGGCGCGUGGGACCGGAGAGCUGGGUGCCCAACGGCGUGAUGCCGGCCAGGGUGCCGGGGGCCAAGGCAUUUGCCGUGAGCGCAGGGAAGCACGCCAAGUUUCGCUGUUACGUUACUGGCAAGCCCAAGCCAGAGAUUAUCUGGCAGAAGGAUGGUGAGCCCCUCGCCCCUGGCCGCAGGCAUCUCAUCUACGAGGACCGCGAGGGCUACUUCAUCCUCAAGGUGCUGUACUGCAAACCUCAGGACCAGGGGCUGUACAUGUGCACCGCUUCCAACACUGCUGGCCAGACCCUCAGCGCGGUGCAGCUCCAGGUGAAAGAGCACCGGCUGCGGUUCCAGGUGCAGCUGGCAGACGUGGAGGUAGCAGAGCGGGAGGAUGCAGUGUUGGAGUGCCAGGUGCCAUUGGAGACCAUCCCCACCUCCUGGUACCUGGAGGACAGGGAGCUGCAGCCCAGCCACAAGUAUGUGAUGGAGGAGCAAGGGCUGGUGCGGCGCCUGACCAUCCGCGACGCCCGCAUCGAUGACGACGGCAUCUACCUCUGCCAGAUGAAGGACAAAGGACGCAGCAUCGCCGAGGUCUCUGUCCGAGGCGUGAUUGUGAAGCGGCUGCCACGGAAGCUGGAUGUGAUGGAGGGGGAGAAUGCAGUUUUCUGUGUGGAGACGCGGGAUGUGGUAGAGGGCAGCUGCUGGAGCCGGGAUGGGCUGCAGCUGCGGGAGUCACCCCGCACCGUGCUCAAGAGCUUCAGCAGGACACACCUGCUGGUGCUGGUGCAUGUCACCCGCCAGGACGCGGGCAUCAUCUCCUUCACGGUCGGGGAGUCGCAGACAUCGUCCCAGCUCCGAGUCAAGUGUGUGAAGCACGACCCUCCGAGUGCACCGGUGGCAGCUGAGAUGAGUGUGGUGGAGACUAACGCGGCUCUGCUGACUUGGUGUCCCGCGCCUGACUCCCACCUCCGCCCCGCCAGCCACUACCUGCUGGAGCGUCGGGAGGCAGCGGGAGGGGAGUGGGUGCAGUGCCUUGCCACCGACCUGCCCAGCUGCGUGCGGGUGCUGGGCGACAGCGUGCCCCGCGAGGCCGACUACUGCUUCCGCAUCUCUGCCGCCAACAAGCACGGCAGGAGCAGCCCCGUGGAGUUCCCUGGAUCUGUGCACCUUGCCCCUGCAGCUUGUCUGGAGAGGGGUCUGCAGGACGCGUGGGUGAGGGAUGGUGAGGAUGCGCAGUUCUCCCUGGAGCUGUCAGCUGCGGUGCAUGGAUCCUGGUUCCUCAACGGUGCCAGGCUGGGUGAGGAGGAGGAUGCAGACGGCCGGUGCAGUGUACAGCGCCGUGGGAUGGAGCACUCGCUGCUGAUCCGAGGAGCACGACUGGUUGACAGUGGGGCCCAGGUCACCUUUGUGUCCGGUGGUGUGCAGGACUCAGCUAUCCUGCAUGUGCAAGGUGAUCGGGGCACUCACCCUGGAGUCCUACCAGGGCCCCAGCAGCAGGGGCUGUCAUGCUGGAAGAUGCUUCUCACUGCUCCUCAAUGUCUCUCAGCCCCACAGGUCCACAUUGCCCCGGUGUCUGAGGCCGAACGGCUCCAAAAAGUGCCAGCAGGCAUGCCUGUGCUGCUGGAAUGCCAGGUGUCCACCCCAGAUGCCCCUGUCUGCUGGCUGAAGGAUGGCAAGGCAGUGCCCCUGGAUGACGUUAUCGCAGUGCAGGCAGAAGGCUGCGUGCGGAGGCUGCUGCUCCGCUCAGCGUGUCCCUCAGACACUGGUGUGUACACCUGUGACGCUGGGGAUGAUGCCGUGAGCUUUGUGGUGACCGUGACCGAGGUGCCGGUGAGGAUCAUCAGCUCCAACGAGGAAGCCCCACACACGUACGUGGCCGGGCAGCGUGUGGAGCUGUGGUGCCAGCUGUCCCGCCCAGCAGCCCCAGUGCACUGGUACAAGGAUGGAGAGGAGGUGGAGGCGGGUGAGAGCCUGGUGCUGGAGCAGGAGGGGCCACGGUGCAAGCUGGUGCUGCCCUGCGCUCAGACACAGGACACAGGGGAGUUUGUCUGCGAUGCUGGUGGGGACUCUGCCUUCUACACCAUCACUGUGGCAGAGGAGCCAGUGAGGAUUGUCAGCUCCAACGAGGGCGCCUCCCACGCCUAUGUGGCCGGACAGCGUGUGGAGCUGUGGUGCCAGCUGUCCCGCCCAGCAGCCCCAGUGCACUGGUACAAGGAUGGAGAGGAGGUGGAGGCGGGUGAGAGCCUGGUGCUGGAGCAGGAGGGGCUGCAGUGCCGGCUGGUGCUGCCCUGCGCCUGGCCACAGGACACAGGGGAGUUUGUCUGUGAUGCUGGUGGGGACUCUGUCUUCUACACCAUCACCGUGGCAGAGGUACCAGUGAGGAUUGUCAGUUCCAACAAGGAGGCCUCUCACUCCUAUGUGGUCGGGCAGCGCGUGGAGCUGUGGUGCCAGCUGUCCCGCCCAGUGUCCCCGGUGCGCUGGUACAAGGAUGGUGAAGAAGUGGAGGUGGGCGAGACCCUGGUGCUGCAGGAGGAGGGGCUGCAGUACCGGCUGGUGCUGCCCUGUGCUCGGAUGCAAGACACGGGGGAGUUCGUCUGCAAUGCCAGAGAUGCAUCUGUCUCCUACUCCAUCUUAGUGGCAGAGCCACCAGUGAGGAUCCUGCAGCCUCCACAGCGCUCACUGGAGCUGCUGGUUCAGGCACCAGGGUGUGUGGAGCUGCGGUGCGAGCUCUCCGUGCCAGAUGCUGCGGUGCACUGGUUCAAGGAUGGGUUGGAGGUGGACGAGACUGACAACCUGCUGCUGCUGGUCGAGGGGGCCUGGCGCUGUCUCUUCAUCCCCAAGAGCAGUGCAGAGGAUGCAGGCGAGUACAUCUGCGAGACCAAGGAUGAGGCCGUCUCCUUCGAUGUCAAGGUGUCAGAGCCUCCGGUGAGGAUCCUGCAGCCCUGCAGACCUGUCCCUGUCAUGACGGUGUCCCCGGGGGAGACGGUGACACUGUGCUGUGAGCUGUCCCGUGCGGAUACGCCCGUGUGCUGGGCAAAGGAGGGUGUCAGGCUCGAGGCUGGGGGCGGCCUGGUCCUGGAGGAGGAGGGUGUCCAUCGCCGGCUGCUCAUCCCUGCUGCCCAAGCUGAGCACUCUGGGAAAUACACCUGUGACACCACCAGUGACACAGUGACUUUCACCAUCCAAGUGUUGGAUCCACUGGUCAGGAUUCUGGAGAAGGAUGUCCUGCCGACCCACCGGCGUUGCCAGGCCAUGGAGGACCUGGUGCUGGAGGUGCAUCUCUCACACACCCAUGGGGAGGUGAAGUGGUACAAGGAUGGGGAGAAGCUGCAGGACACGGGGCGUGUGCGGCUGGAGGAGGACGGGGCGCGCCGAUCCCUCGUGAUCCUGGGUGCUACAGGCAAGGAUGCUGGGGAGUAUCUCUGUGACACUGGUGAUGACAGUAUCGUCUUUUUCAUCACUGUAGAAGUCCCAGAGCCACCGGUGACCAUUGUGGGCAGCACGGGCACCGUGGUACAUCGCUGCCUGGUGGCCGGGGAAGACCUGGUGCUGGCUUGUGAGCUCUCUCGGCCCGACGCCAUCGUGCGCUGGCUCCGGAAUGGCCAGGAGGUGCACCCGGGGGAACGGGUGCAGGUGGAGGCCCGUGGGGUGCUGCGACAGCUCACCAUCAAUGGGGCACAGCCCAGCGACGCAGGGUGCUACGUCUGUGAUGCUGCCAGCGACCGCAUGGUGACAAAUGUGGAGGUGUCGGCCCGGCCUGUGUGCAUUGUCAACAAGGAGGAGGCACAGAGCCCACUGGAGGUGCAGGAGGGGGACAGUGUGACACUGGUGGCUCGGCUGUCCCCGGAGACAGCAGCAGUGCAGUGGCAGAAGGAUGGACAGACGCUGUGCUCAGGUGGGCGGCUGCUGGUGUGCAGCGAGGGUCCCACGCGCAGCCUCACCAUCAAGCAAGCGGAGCUGGGUGAUGGUGGCAUCUUCCUCUGCGACGCCGGUGAUGAUGAGGUGUAUUUCACACUACAUGUGAAAGAGGCACCCGUGCUGUUUGUGAACAAACGAGAGGAGCAGGAGAAGCUGCUGGUGCUGGAGGGCGGCAGUGCCGUGCUCUCUGCCAUCACCUCCACGGAGCGGUCCGAUGUCACCUGGCUGGGCCCGCAGCGGGCGGCAGUGGCCGGCGAGCGCUGCGAGCGGCGUCGGGACGGCCGCGUGCACAGCCUCAUCAUCCACAACGUGGCCAUGGAGGACGCCGGCACCUACACCUGCCUCUCACCGCACGACCAGAUGCAGUUCGACGUGAGCGUCCGAGAGCUGCGGGUGAAGUUCCUGCGUGGGCUGUCGGACGUGCGAGCGCGGCAGGGCGAGCGGGUGGUGCUGUGGUGCGAGCUUUGCAAGGCACGGGGAGACGUGGUGUGGCGGAAGGACGGGCGGGUGCUGGCGCCUGGCCCUCGCCGGCAGAUGACGGCAGAGGGACGGGAGCGGUCGCUGGUGCUGAGCCGCGUGGAGCCCGGGGACGCCGGCGAGUACUGCUGCGAGUCCAACGACGACCAAACCCUGGCGACGCUGACGGUACAGGUCCCCAGGGUGGUGGAAAUCAUCAUGGAGUUGCAGAGCCUGACAGUGCUGGAAGGGGAGGAUGCCACCUUCAAGUGCCUGGUAUCCCCCGAAGAUGUGGCUGUGACAUGGCAGCUGAAUGGCCAGCCUGUGGUCCCCAGUGAGCGUCUGCUGGUGACAAGGAGUGGGCUGUGCCACAGCCUCACCCUCCGGCAGUGCCAGACAGGUGAUGCAGGCACUGUGACAGCCAAUGCCGAGGGGCUGGUGAGCACAGCUCGGCUGGGUGUACAAGAGGCACAGGUGCUGUUUGUGCGGAAGCUGCAGGAUGUGGUGGCAGAGGAGCAGGGGGACGUGUGCCUGGAGGUGGAAGUGAGCCAUGAGGCUGCCGAGGUGCAAUGGCUGAAGCAGGGCAUCCUCCUUCAGCCGGGCAGCAAGUACCUGCUGCAGGAGUCGGGGUGCCGGCGCACCCUCACCAUCUGCUGCCUUGGCCCUGCUGACCGCGGCACCUACCGCUGCGAGAGCCUGCAUGACCGCACGCAGGCCAAGCUCCACGUGGAGCCCCGCAAGGUGUCGAUCCGGACACCACUGGCAGACGUGGAGACCUUUGAGAAAGAGACAGCUACCUUCCACCUGGAACUGUCUCACCCUGGCGUGACCGGGGUCUGGACACGGGACGGCAUCCGGGUGAAGCCCAGCAGUACGUGCCGGAUCAGCGCCACAGGCUGCAGGCACAGCCUGACACUGGAGAGGCUUGCACUGGAAGACUCAGGCACUGUCACCUUCACUGCUGACACUCUGCGCUGCAGCGCCCACCUGCGUGUGCGGGAGCCUCCAGUCACCAUGGUGAGGGUCCCACGAGACCUGGGUGUCCCAGAGACAGGGGUCGCCAGCUUCGAGUGUGAGCUGUCUCGCCCCAACGCAGAGGUGAAAUGGUUCAAGGACGGGCAGGAGCUGCGGCCAGGGCCCAACUGCCGCAUCUACUCAGCGGGACGGCGCCGCAUCCUGCAGCUGAGCCGCUGUGAGCUGAGCGACACCGGCAGCUACACCUGCGAUGCAGGUGACUGCCAGGCCUCUGCCAUGCUGCAUGUCCAGGAGCGCCAGGUCCACAUCGUGCAGGAGCUGCAGGAUGUCCAGGUCCGGGAGGGUGACAACGCAGUCUUCACCUGCGAGGUGUCACAUGGGGAUGUGAAGGGCGAGUGGUUUCGGGAUGGGGAGAAGAUCAAGGUCUCCAGCACAGUGAAGAUACGGCAAGAAGGGACCCGGCAUUUCCUGCUGUUCUGUGGUGUACGCCCUGAGGACAAGGGACUAAUCCGCUUCACAGCCAGGACAGUCACCUCGGAGGCCAGUCUGCAGGUGGAAGCACUGCCAAUCCGGAUUGUGAAGCCACUGCGGGACAAGACGGUGCUGGCAAGGCACAAGGCGACACUGGAGUGCACCGUGUCCCACGCCCGGGGCCGGGUGCGCUGGCUCCGUGGGGACACCGAGAUCUUUGCUGGUGACAAGUAUGAGAUCUGCAACCUGGACUGCUAUCGCACACUCAUCAUUCACCGCGUGGGCCCCGAGGACGAGGACUCGUACACCUGCGACGCCUUCGACGACCGCUCCACUGCCCGGCUCCUUGUGGAGGGGAGCUAGAAGCCAGGAUGCAGUUCUCAGGGCCUGCACGCAGACUGGGAUGCCACUGCUGAGAGAUGGGGUCAUGCUCCCCCUGGCAUAGACAGACACAUGGACACCAUCCCCAGCCUGCCCCAGCCUCAGGGCUCUGCAUUAAACAGCCUUUUUUUCUGACAUGGCUUCUU